AUGGAUGAGCCAGAAGCGGCAGGAGAGGGUAGAAGUGUCGCCCGGGCACUGAUAUUCACUCCGGGAACCUCUUCAGCAGAAGCGCCGAGUGUUCAAGGGUCAACGCAUGGUCUCGGAUGCUUGGACCCCAUAGUCCCGGAAGAAGUGACUCCGGUAUCGGAGAUGGAUUCUAUGCGAGCUGAGAUCGCAGCCUUCAGGGAACAAUCCCAGAUCGAUCGGGAACAAAGGAGUGCCGAUAGGGAAACAAACCGCCUUGCACAACAGAAAAUGCAGGAUUUGGAAGAUGAAAACACAGCGCUGGCCCGAGCAUUGGAUAGGAGGCACCAGCACAACGAGGCACUCACCCAGGCCCUGGCUAGAGCAUCCUCGCUAGCAACAGGUGUGAACACUACACCAACAACAGGAGGCCCCAGCACCGCCCCAGCACCUUCUGUGGAGGACGGCCAUCGGAUAAUCCAGGUACCGGUAGACUUAUUCCCGGAAAGCUUGAGGCAUCUACCACCACCACCAUUACCGCAGCCAGUUCACAAUAUCCCACCGGUAACCGACGCAAACACGGCUUUACUCGUACAAAUGAGCAACUCCUUACAUGCCUUGCAGGCAAGGGUACAGGCCACAGAAAAUAGGGACACCUGGAGAGCUAUGAACAGUUACGAGGACCGCCCGGGGCCUUUCACCCAACAGGUUAGAGGAGCCAUUCGAGCGAAUACAUCGAAACCAUUGAAGAUUGACUAUACGGGAGUUGGAGACCCCUACCAGCAUCUCCAGGCUUUCCAAUCACAAACAAACGCCAAGGGAUAUACGGAUGAAGUGUGUUGUAUUAUGUUCCAGGAAACCUUGUCAGGGGAGGCUUUGAGUUGGUUCUACGAACUGCCGGUCGGUUCUGUAGGGAAUUUUAAGGAGCUGGCUGACAAAUUUGUCGCUCGAUUCAUCUUAUGCACCGAUGGGAUACACACACCAAAGGGCUUGUUAAAAGUCCAGCAGGGGGAAGAUGAAACUUUGAAGUCAUUUGUAAAUCGAUGGCAGGCGGCUACCGCUAAGUGCCGGGACCUUAAUAAGGAACUGGCUGAGCUGGCUUUCAGGAGGGGCUUAAGGCGCGGAGAAUUUCUCUACGGGAUCAACCAUAAUCCUCCAGCUAGCUACGACGAGCUGAUGGCCACUGCCAUCAGACACGCCCAGGCCAAGUUUGAGACUUACGGGGACAACCCCAGACCGGAGCUAAGAUUCUCCUCACCGACCUCGGUUGUCAGGGAUGAAACACGAAAGAGGGAGUGGGUCCAUAGCCAUGAUAGGUCACCCUAUACCUCGAACAAAAGAGGCAAAGAGUCCUCGUCCAGGUCAAACAGUUACGGGACCACCCACCCUCACCGGGAGCCGAAGACACAGCAGGCCCCACGGACACCACCACCACCCCGGUAUGAGGUGUUCACAAUCCUCAACACUUCAUACGAGACUAUUUGGAACGAAAACAAAGAUGAGAUACCGGGACCACCCCCAAGGAAAUUCCCGAAGAGUAAACUUACCCAGCAGGAUACCGGAAAGUUCUGCACUUAUCAUGAAGAUGCCGGACAUAAUACCAAUCUCUGCGUUGCUUUAAAAAAUACAAUCGAGUCCCUCAUCCAGAGGGGCAAGCUUCAACGAUACCUACCUGCUAAGGAGAUAGGAGCUGUAGACGUGUAUGGCCAGAUCUUCACGAUCCACGGUGGGGGCCCGAAAGAGUUGCCCCCCCAGGGGAGGAAACGAAAUUCUAGUUUCGGCCGUCCGGAAGUUUUCAACUUCCACAAGGCUAUGCAGCAAGACGGUGGCACCGGAUGGACAUCGGUGACAUUCCUGCAGGAGGAGGAGGCCGACCUAAGGAUGCCCCAUGAUGAUCCCUUCCUAAUCACGCUCCAAAUGGACCAUUAUAUAAUGUCCCGGGUGCUCGUGGACACCAGGGCCUCAGUUAGCGUAUUAUUUCGCAAUGCAUACAAAGCUUUGAACAGAGAAAGGUCCAAGUUGUCACAGGAUAACGAGCCCCUAAUUAGUUUUUCAGGAGAUAUCGUCCAACCACUCGGAUCAGAUUACCUAUCGAUCACGAUAGGCGAAAGUCCGAAUUGUUCAACCAUCAAAACAGAGUUCAUUGUCGUGGACUGUGUCUCGUCCUACAAUGCUAUCCUAGGCCGGCCGACACUCUGGCGUCUGAAAACCUUCAUAGCAGGUCACAUGUUGAUGAUGAAAGUACCAACCCCGGCCGGCACUGCUAUGAUCUGGGGUGAUCAGGCAGCCGCGAGGAAGUGCUAUUCUCUAACUGUAUCACGCGGUAAGGGAAAGUCUGAAAUGUUGCACGUAGCUACUAACCCUCUGUUGGACAGGUACGAGGAUCCCAGAGCAGAUACCGACUCCGUCGAAGAACGGCCCGGUGCCGUAGAAGACAUUGAAGAAGUGGUCCUAUCAGAGCAGUUCCCGGACAGGACUGUUAGGAUUGGUACAAGGCUGUCUCCGAUUGUCAGGGAAGGAUUGAUCUCGUUUCUUCGAUCUAACACAUUUGCAUUCGCCUGGUCUUAUGAGGACAUGCCCGGUAUACCGCCAGAGAUAGCCACGCACAAUCUUAGUAUUGUUCCUUAUUCAACACCGGUAAGACAAAAACGAAGGGCCUUCACACACGAGAAGUACCGGGCUAUCCAGGUUGAGGUAAAGAAGCUGAUCGCCAUCAACUUUAUCAGGGAAGUAACAUACCCCCGGUGGUUAGCCAACGUGGUAAUGGUACCAAAGAAAUCCCCGGGAUCAUGGCGCAUGUGUGUGGACUACACAAGCCUCAAUCGGGCAUGCCCUAAGGAUAGCUUCCCGCUCCCGCGAAUUGAUCAAUUAAUCGACUCCAUUGCUGGGUACCGGUUACUCAGUUUCAUGGAUGCGUUUAGUGGGUACAACCAAAUUCGAAUGAACCCGCGACUUGUCAACUCCAUGUUUGCGGAGGUUAUCGAUACUAUCAUGGAGGUCUACGUGGACGACAUGCUGGUGAAGAGUCUAACUCCGGAGGAUCAUGUAGCCAACUUGUCAAUCGUCUUCACCAUCAUAUUGCGCAAUGGGAUGCGGUUUAACCCACAGAAGUGCAUCUUCGGGGUCGAGGUAGGAAAGUUUCUCGGGUACAUCAUUAGCCACAUGGGAAUUGAGGCCAAUCCAGAGAAGGUGCAGGCUAUAUUAGACAUGGUGUCCCCAACCUACAGGAACGAGCACGUCGAAAUGAUAGCCUGGACAGCGGAGCACGAGGCUGCUUUCCUUGGCUUGAAGUCAUACUUGUCAGAGGUACCUCUACUCUACAAAACUGUUCCUGGAGAGAUGCUUUACGUAUAUCUGGCGGCAUCGUCAACGGCUGUGAGCUCAGUCCUGAUUAGGAAGGACUCCGAUUGUGAAUACCCAGUGUACUACGCUGGAAAAGGUUACACUGGGGCAGAAUCCAGGUACCCGGACAUUGAAAGAGUGGCACUGGCUCUCCUGGUAUCAGCCCGGAAGCUCAGACAUUACUUCCAAGCACACUCGAUCACCGUUUUCACUAAUCACCCAUUGAGGCAGGUUUUACAAAAACCAGAGGUAUCGGGCAGGUUAAUUAAAUGGGCCAUCGAGCUGGGGGAGUUUGAUAUCAAGUACCAGCCCCGGACAGCCAUCAAAGGCCAGGCAGCGGCAGAUUUUAUUUCAGAAUCAAUCCCCUCCUAUAACCCAAACCGGGAAUCAUCGGAACCACUAGCCGCAGAUCCACCUCCGCCAAGCACUUGGCGAUUAUACGUUGAUGGAGCAUCCAACAGGAAAACCAGCGGAGCCGGCAUCCAGCUAAUUAGCCCGGACGAGCAAGUCUACGAGUAUGCCCUCAAGUUUGCCUUCAAAGCAUCCAACAAUGCCGCAGAGUACGAGACACUUAUAGUGGGUCUGCAGAUCGCCCGGGAGCUAGGGGUGCAACACCUUAGUAUCUUCAGUGAUUCUCAGUUAGUCGUAAACCAGGUCAGCGGUAACUUCGAGGCAAAGGAGCCCCACAUGUCCUCCUACCAGGCCUUGGCCCGGGCAUUAGUUCAGAGGUUUACCUCCUACAUUUUUACUCAAAUACCGAGGGAAGAAAAAGACAAGGCAGACGCCCUUGCAAAGCUCGCAUCAACUUCUCCAAACCCUACCUAUGGGGCCACCAAGGUCGAAAUACUCGCAGGACCUAGCACUUCUAAGACGGUGUCAGAAAUAUUUGCCAUGGAUCACACAGCUUCAUGGAUGGAUCCAAUUUUGAGAUACAUGGUCGACGGCCUAACACCGGAUGAUAAGGUCGAGGCCAGAAGACUACAGCUAAGGUCAGCUCGAUACACGAUCAUGAAUGGCAAACUGUACAGAAGGGGGCAUUGCUUUCCCAACCUGAAGUGUGUAACGCCGGAGGAAGGUCACAAAAUAAUGAAGGACAUUCACGCUGGUGUAUGUGCAAUGGGACAGUUCAAAUACGCCAUUGUUGCCGUGGACUACCAAACAAAGUGGGUUGAGGCAGAACCUCUCGUCGCCAUCACCACGGAAAAGGUCAAAAGCUUGCUAUGGAAGAACAUUUACUGCAGGUUUGGAGUCCCGGAUACCAUAGUCACGGACAAUGGUACCCAGUUUGGCAAUGAUGAGUUGAGGGCUUACACACAGAACCUAGGCACUAGGAUCCUCUAUGCAUCCCCGGCACACCCCCAGACCAACGGUUAG